AUGAAGAAGGAUUGGGGCGAUUCAAGCUUCGGUUUCAAGGUCGCUCUCGCGAAACAUUGUUAUCAUAAGAUCAUUUCUUUUGCAGCACAUCAAAUCAGUUCAGUUGAAGUGGAGAACGAUGAAGAGAUUGACGAGGAAGAAGCGAUUUGCAGAAUCUGCUUUGAUUCAUGCGAUGAAGGUAAUCAGUUGAAGAUGGAAUGCAGCUGCAAAGGUGCGCUUAGACUUGUUCAUGAAGAAUGUGCAGUUAAAUGGUUUAGUGUUAAAAGGAACAAAAACUAUGAUGUUUGUGGUCGUAAAGUCUCAAAUUUACCAGUAACUUUGCUUUGUAUGCCAAGUUAUGUUCAAAGACAAACCAUGAAUAUGAAUCCACAAGAUCAACAUCUGAAUUCAGGAACAAUAAGGUAG